AUGUAUGCGAGUUCAGCUCCGAGUUCUUCUUUAACGAGACUCUACAUUUGUGCAAAGUUAGAACGUGUUUUUUUUAGUGCCAGUUCAUUUAAAAAAAUUUUUUUUUACUGUUUCAAUGUGCAAUUUAUUUAUUUAAUUAGAUGGUGUAUAAAACCAAUUUCUAAACACAAAAUGUGCAACCGGGCACUUAUUGUGUCGGUGACAGGUUUUUAUCCAGAAGCAGGGUUGGAGAAGCGUAACGGCGCUUAUCGUGAUGUACGACGACUUCACCGCGUGCUAAGUAAACUCGGUUUCUCCGUAAAGAUCCUGAAUGACCUCGAAGCUGAUGAGAUCUACGAGGCAUUUAAAACAGAAAGUGAGAAGGCUGUUGACAGCUGUUUUGUGGGUGUAAUAUCGAGCCACGGUGAAGAAGGCGUCAUUUUCGGAGCAGACGGACAUCCUGUAAGACUCGGCCACCUCUACAGCUACUUUGGAGGUCUGGAGAUGGCUGGAAAAAAAAAAAUGUUCCUUAUCCAGGCGUGUCGGGGGAAUGAGCUGGAUGAUGGGGUUAAGAUUGAGUCUGAUGGUUUGUCUGAAGUUAGCAGUGUGUCCGAGUGUCUCUCCGUGCCACUUGACUCUGUGGUCGUGUAUGCCACGCCUCCUGGUUACAGCGCCUUCAUGAACCUGGCCGGCUCCGUCUUCAUCCAGACCUUCUGUGAGCUGCUGGAGGACGGAGGAGCUGAGCUGGAGGUGACACGCCUCCUCACCCGCCUCAACCACCACAUCGCACACCACUUCCAGGCCCGAGGCCAAACGCUGGGAGGCAAGAAAGAAAUGCCGUGUUUCGUUAGCCGCCUUACCACCGACUUCUUCCUCUCUACGGACUCCAGGAAGAAGCAAGAAUGCGAAGCGUCUCUCAGAGCUCGAAAAAGUUCUGUAGGCUGAACCACGCUGAGCUGAAGCAGGGAGCAUAUAGUGUGUGUGAGAGAGAGACACUUCUGUGAAAUACACUGUCCCAAAACAUCCAGAAACAAACAGAAGUUGAAACAUGGUUUGGAAAAUUUCUGAAUGGUUUUUGUGAUUUUUGGUGCAUUUAUUAAUGCUGGAUUAUUUCCAGUUAAUUUUACAGACAUUUCAGAGCCAAGGAAAUUGCUGGGAUCUCUAUGAAAAUUAAGGAAUGGUGUCAUCAUAUACAUACGUGAAAGUUCUCUCUUUUUGGAGAGUGUAAUGCGCUUUUUGCUUCGUAACACUUAACCGGUGUUUGCCCUUAGUCCUUUAUAUUAACAAAGAAAUACUGUGGUGGUGUUGAUAAUGUUAUCAUGUAGCCUUUGACCUGAAAACCACAGGGCAGAGGACUGCUGAUGCAGAAUGAAAGUAAAAGAAACCCAGGUAAAGGCAGGUGGGUGCAGGUAAUCUCUUUCUCACAUACACAUGCCUCAGCCAGGGAUUAACCAUCGGAUGUGCUGGAAUGUGAGUUCAUCUAGUGAGUAAUGAGUAAUGACGCAACCACUUAUACCCCAUCAAGCCAUAGGGAUCACGGACCUGUCAUAGCACAGAGACGAAACAUAAUGUUAUUUUACUUUGUGAGUACUGUCUUCUCCAUUUUUCCUAGUCUUUUUUUUGGUCAUAAAAUUGUACUGACAAACACUUGCACUCAGUGGUGAAGGUACUGGACUUGUAAUCGGAAGGUUGCUGGUUCAAGGCCCACCCCUGCCAAGCUGCCACUGAGCAAGAACCUUAACCCACAAGUGCUCAAGUUGUUCUGUCAUAAUUGUAAAUUGCUUUGGAUGAAAGCCUCAGCUAAAUGCCAUAA